AUGGAAGAUACAAUGACUAGCUCUCAGGGGGGUGAAUCAGAUAUGGAUUGCUCUGAUAAUGAAUAUUAUGAUGAAUAUUAUUACACCCUGAACGAUGAUAUCGAUAUUGAACAAAUUGAUCCAAGGAAAAUUGAUCCUGAGUACUUUGAAUUCAAUUGUCUCUUUGAAGAACAAGUGGACAGGUUACUAAAUGAAACUGUUGAAACAUUGAGUAACAUGCACCAAAUUUCUCCUUCACUGGCAAAAGUACUAUUACAUAGUCAUCAAUGGAACAUUCAAGAAGUAACAAGAAAAUUUAAAGAGAAUCCCACACAAACCCUUAUUGCAUCUCGAAUCAAGCCACCAUCACCUCCAAUAAGUCUGACAUUCAGCAGGUACAUCAACUGCCCUGUUUGUGUAACCUCACAGUCCUUUGACAAGUUCUAUAGCUUAUCUUGUGCACAUAUGUUCUGUAAAGAUUGUUGGACAAUGCAUUUUGAAGUUCAAAUAAAUCAGGGAAUAUCAACCAGUAUAGCAUGUAUGGCUAGGGAGUGUAAAGUUUUAGCACCUGAAGAUUUUGUUCUGAAACACUUACAUCGCCCCAAUAUGAGGGAAAAAUAUCAGCAAUUUUCUUUCCAAGAUUAUGUCAAGUCUCAUCCAGAAUUGAAGUUCUGUCCAGGUCCCAAUUGUUCCAUUGUUGUUCAUAGCCAAGAACCCAAAGCAAAGAGGACAACAUGCAGUCAAUGUAAAACUAUUUUCUGCUUCAGAUGUGGGUGUGAUUAUCAUGCACCCACAGAAUGCCAGGUGAUCAAGAAAUGGCUGACAAAAUGUGCAGAUGAUAGUGAGACUGCAAACUACAUAAGUGCACACACCAAAGAUUGUCCAAAGUGCCACAUAUGUAUAGAGAAGAAUGGGGGAUGCAAUCACAUGCAGUGUUACAACUGUAAACAUGAUUUUUGUUGGAUGUGUCUUGGUGACUGGAAGUCACAUGGUUCAGAGUACUAUGAGUGUUCCAGAUACAGGGAGAAUCCAAAUAUUGCUCAUGAAUCUGUUCAUGCUCAGGCCAGGGAAGCUUUGAAAAAAUAUUUGCACUACUAUGAGAGAUGGGAGAAUCAUUCAAAAUCUCUGAAGUUGGAAGAGCAGACUUUGGAGAAACUGAGGUCCCGCAUCAACCAGAAAGUGAUGUCAGGUUUGGGUACCUGGAUUGACUGGCAAUAUUUGUUCACUGCUGCAAAUCUGCUGGCCAAAUGUAGGUACACAUUACAGUAUACAUAUCCCUAUGCCUAUUACAUGGAUGGUGGCUCUCGCAAGGAGCUAUUUGAGUAUCAGCAAGCCCAGUUGGAGGCUGAGAUCGAGAAUCUGUCCUGGAAAAUUGAGAGAGCUGAAACUACUGAUAGGGGUGAUCUGGAAAACCAAAUGGACAUUGCUGAGAAACGACGUACUACUCUUUUGAAAGACUUCUUAGAUGUGUGA